GGAGAAAAGUCUGGCAUCGGACAGCAGACUGUAUACGAUCUGGUGAAAGGUAAACUUCGGGACAUAUCCUGCUCUACCUCGACAGGGAGCUGACAAUGAUCGUAUUCAGAAAUCAUGCCGGCACCAGGUUUAGUGGCCUAUGGUCACAAGAUGGUCAACGACUUGUUUGAUGGCUCCGUAGGUUUUGCCAUAGAUGGUGGAAUAAAAGACGCCAAUCACAUUCGCCGCCUGUCCGCGGAGCUGAACUGCCCGAUGCCUGCAGUUGAUAACACGCAUCGUGGCCUGAUCACUGCCCGGGCGAUACACCAGGCACAGACAGUUGCAGGGACGCAGCAGUGGGACAUCAUAGACUGGAGCGCAUUGAUUGCAAGCAGCCGAGUUGCUGCUGGAUUGAAUCCAUUCGACAGCAAGAAGGGAACAGGAGUCGUACGAGAAGACUGAGGAAUGAGUACUGAGCGCUAAAUCAUCUCGAGCAUUGGAAGUCAAGGUGUAUUAUUUUGACAGGAUAGCCAUAGAUUUGUAUGAAGACACGAAUGUACCUUCAAUAAAGACACGUAACUCUGGAAUCGUCGGAGAAAUGAAAACCGCCCUUCAUCGACAUAAGA